AUGCCCCCAAGAACAACACAGGGCUCCACUUCCACAGUGAGGAGGCAGAAUGACAGCUCUGUGGUAGAAUUUAUCCUUUUGGGGUUUUCUAACUUUCCUGAACUCCAAGCACACAUGUUUGGGGCUUUCCUGGUUAUUUAUCUGGUGACCCUGAUGGGAAAUGCCCUCAUUAUCUCUGUCAUCCUCCUAGACCAGAGCCUCCACAUCCCCAUGUACCUGUUUCUGCAGAACUUGUCUGUUGUGGAAGCAAGCUUCAGUACAACCAUCACACCUGAAAUGCUAGUGGUCCUGUCCACUGAGAAAACAACCAUUUCCUUUGGAUGCUGUUUUGCACAGAUGUAUUUCAUCAUUCUUUUUGGUGGGACUGAAUGCUUUCUCCUGGGGGCGAUGGCUUAUGAUCGAUUUGCUGCAAUCUGCCAUCCUCUGUCCUACCCAGUGAUUAUGAACCAAAGGGUUUUUAUGAAAUUAGUGAUGUUGUCGUGGGUCUCAUGGAUCAUGGUGGCUACUGUGCAGACCACCUGGGUGUUUAGUUUUCCCUUUUGUGGCUCCAAAGACAUUAAUCAUCUCUUCUGUGAGACACCCCCAGUACUGGAACUUGUGUGUGCAGACACCUUCCUGUUUGAAAUCUACGCCUUCACAGGCACCAUUCUGAUCAUUUUGAUGCCCUUUUUGUUGAUCCUCUUGUCUUACAUUCGCAUCCUCUUUGCCAUCCUGAAGAUGUCUUCCACUACCGGGAGGCAGAAGGCCUUUUCCACAUGUGCCUCUCAUCUCACAUCUGUCACGCUCUUCUUUGGCACAGGCUGUAUGACUUAUCUACAGCCCAAAUCCAGGUAUUCACCUGACACCAAGAAACUGAUGUCAUUGGCUUACACACUGCUGACCCCCCUGCUGAAUCCACUUAUCUACAGCUUGAGAAACAAUGAGAUGAAAAGAGCUGUCAUGAAAUUAUGGCGAAGAAAAAUGACUCUACACACAGCUUGA